CCUGGAUUUGGAGUUGGAGUUUUGAUGGUCUUGGUGUUGCCAUCAUCAUUCAUGAUGAAGCCGCCAGUGUUGCCACCACCAACUCUCAUGCCUAGGAAUGCCGUUGGCUUAAAUUGUGGCCAAGGAGCUUAGUGCCAAAGACCAGAUACGGUGGGACGAGUGAGAGUGUUCCAAAAGGAGGAGGAACAGAGAGAGAGAGAAAGAGGCCAUCGAUAUGGUCUCGAAGAAACGUAACACGGUGGCGGAGCGUGUGCAACGCUCAACUGUAGCUGCUUCCAUGCGUCCAACAACGUCAUCAUCAACAUCUGGAUCGUCGUCUACGGGUAAAAAGAGAGCCGGAAAGCAAUCAAAAACAACAGACGAGACGACGACGACGACGACGGAGAUGGAUAAAAAGGCAUCAACAACAACAACAUCAAGCAAGACGACGACGUCGGAAUCUUCUGUUAAACGACAGACAAAAGAUCCAACAACAACAUCCAGCAAUAACCAAUCAACGUCAUCGAUUACGGGGACAACUGCCGCCGCCACCGCCACCAGCGCCGCCAUAGAAGGAUCAUCAUCAUCAUCCACCACGAAGCCAUGGUCUUCUUCAGCUUCUUCUGCGGUUAAGGCUGAGGAUAAACAUGAAGAUGGCAAGGCAAGAGCCAUUAAUAAAAUGCUCAAGAAUCUCGAUAUUAAAAUCCAUGGUUUCGAUAAUCUCCUGCCAAGUGGUGAAGAGCGUUUAAAUGAGGGCCUAAAGUCAUCCAUAUCGGAGAAUGUGAAAACCAAAUCCCGAGCAGCGGCUGUCAAGGUAAUUGCCAAUCUAAAUCCAGGCAAAAUGAUGGCCGUAAAACGUCAACGUCCCUCACCGGAGCCGCUCAAAGAUAAGGAUAAGGACAAGGAUAAAGACAAGGACAGGGAUAGGGAUAAAGAAAAAGAUAAGGAUAAGGAUAAGAGUAAAUCCAAAUCAAGCGAUACCAAAUCAGAGUUAAAAACAGAAACCGAUCACGAUCAGCCAACGAAAGAUACUCAAACGGAACGCAAAGAAUCUCUUACGAAAAAGCAACAACAGCAACAACAACAGCAAAGUAAAAAAUCUCGCCAAGAUGCCCCAACCAGUCCAAGUAAACAGACCAAAUCAACGAUAACUAAAAAGCCAUCCACAGAUCAACAGAAAAAGGAUUAUGGUAAAGGUUCCGGCAAGAGUGGUAAAAUGAAAAAAACCAAUCAGGAUAAUGGUAAAAUGAAUCGUUCAAUAGACUCCAAUACGGAGUUAGUGCAAAUGGAAUUGGAGGAGAUUGUGAGUAGUGUGGCAUCAUCACCAGCGCCAACAACGACACCAACAACAACAACAACAACAACGACGACGACGACGAAUCCUCCAGGUGUAGCACCACCCACACCACAAGCAGGAGCAGCAGUACAAACUGUACAACCAUCUGCUCCAGUUAAACAACGACCAAAGAUCAAAUAUACCAAGUCAACGGGGCCAAAGGGUCGUCUACAGCAGCAGCAAAUGGCCGGGACAAGCAGCAAUAGACUCGCCGCUUCAUUGGCAUGGAGUGGGACCAAGGAUAUAUAUGAUUUCAAAUCUGGUUCCGAAGAUGAGGAACCAAUUAAAAUGGUUUUGCCAUCAUUGAAAGAAUUGCGCGAAUUCUCCGAUGAGGAUAAUAAGCCAUUAAAGCAAUUGGAAACUAAGUUAAAUGACAAAAACGAUGAGAAAAAAAUUAAAGAUGAAACAGCCAAUGAGACGACAGAAGAAAAGGAGAAAUCAUUAACUGCAACAGCAACCGAAAACACAACUGAAACUAAAGAGUUGAUGGUGGAAAAAAAGGAUAAAGAUAAAGAGAAGGAAACGCCAAUUGAACAGUCCGAACCUAUACAGAAUACAACCAACAAUAACCCCCCAACAAAGGCAACAAAUUCAACCAAAAAACAAACGAAACGUAAAGUAGAAUCCAAAUCAAAUGCAAAUACCACGACGACAAGUGCUAGUGGCACAAGCGGAGGUGGCAAAAGAAAGGCACAAACCAAAUCCAAAGUCUCUAUGGUUAAUCUUCAAGUGAGCGAUAGUUCCGGUGAGAGUAGCGAUUCGGAGGAUGAGAAGAAGCUAAGCACUUAUAGUGGACCCAAAAGACAUCGCAUGGCCUCAUUGAAUGCCUUGGCCAAGGUGCAAUGCCUAUAUGAGAAUGAAUCACGUACAGCCCAUGAAUUGGGACUCUCGAAGGCCACACAACAACCGCCACGCAUACGCACACUAGACGGUAGCGAUGAUGAUAACAAUAAAGAGUCAAUGCCACAGGGUGGUGAUAAGACAACGGUUGAAGUUGCCGGAUUAACUACUACGGCAGCAACGUCAAUGUCAACACAACCACCGCCGCCGCCGCCACAGACGUCAUCAAUGAAUCAAUUAUCCAUUGCUACAGUGGAAUCUUCUACGGCGGCAACGGCAGCCCCAUCACCAGUUAAGGAAAUCGAACCACGUCGAGAGUUACGCUAUGUGCCUGGAGGAAGAGGUGUUGGCAAGCAUUGGGAAUUCGAUAGUGAUAGUGAGGCAGAGGAUUUACAUUUACUUAUACCUCAUAAGCAGCCGCAAAAGAAGAAAUUGCAAAAGAAAAACGUUGGUAAGAAGCAACAGCAAAAUGAAACAACCGAAACGGGGAAACGUGGUGGAAAAACUAAGAAACAAACACAACAAUCGCAACAACAAGCAACAGCAGCAGCUGAUGAUAGCGAUGAAAUGGAUCAAAAACCAACAGCAGCAACAACAUCAUCAUCAUCAGCAGCAGCAGCAGCAGGAGGGGGAGCGGGAUCAUCAGCAUCUGGAGCAGCAGCAUCAUCAUCAUCAGCAGGUGGAGCAUCUGGAUCCAAGGCGACCAGCAAACAAGUGCCAAAGAAACGUAAAAGCGCCUUCACCGAAGAACUAAUCGGUGACUAUAAAGGCAUUUUGGCACGCAAGCGCAUGGCCAGCUUGAAUGCCAGCGCCAUUGUGGCCGCAACCUAUGAAGUGGAACGUCAUUUGGAUAAGAAUCUGGCCAGCGAUUGCAGUAGCUUUGAAAGUUACGAUGAAUCCGAAUCGAUGGUGGCAUAUACAAAAACUGAAAGGAAACAAGCAGCAACAGCGACUGCAACCAGCACCACAACCACAUCCACCAAGUCCUCCACCUCAUCCUAUGAGAUACAAAUCAAAAAGGAACCCAAGGAUCACAAGGAUGUGAAGGAGUCAAGUCGUGAUAUUUCAUUGGCUAGCAGCAAAUUGCAGAUCAAUGCUAAUGUUAUCGAUGAGAGCAACGAUUCCAAAUACUCCAAGGAGACAAAAGAGACCAACACCGAUACGACAAUAACAACCACCGGUUAUCGGGAUUCAAGCAGCACAAAAGAUGCCAAGGAUUGCAGUCGACCCACCUCAUCCAGUGUGGUAAUUGUCCAGGAUACCGAUGUCACCAUUACCGGUGUCUAUGUCAAUGCCAGCAAUGGUGCCGCCCAAGAGGCAUAUUGCAAAAUGCAAUAUCGUGUCCAGUCGAGCGUUACCGAAGAGCGUGUCCUACGUCCCGGCUCAGUGGAGCCACCAAAAUCGUAUACACCAUUAAGUGCAUUGUCCAGUAUGUUGCCACCUGGCGCUGGUUCUGGCUUAAGUGAGGCUCACAGUUCGCCACCGUUGCCACCGCAACCACCUCCUGGUCAUGUUUUGCUGCCUGGCGAACCUCUUACCGCUGGCAUGUAUCAUGCUCCCGAUUUGGGUCUUCACACAGAGCACGCUGUACCCGAUCAUCAUGGUCCACCGCCGCCAUCGUAUGCCGCCGCUGCAGCAGCGGCCGCAGCAGCAGCUGCCUAUCAUGCCCAUCAAUUGGCACCUGGAGCCGGCAGCGUCCUCCACAUGCAUCAUCAGCAUCAAUAUGCCGCCCAUGCGGCGCAUGCCGCCCAUGCCCAUGCCCAUGCCCAUUAUCAGCAAGCGGCUGAAUAUCAUGGAGGUCCACCACCACCACCGCAUCAUUAUGGCGGCCCACCACCACCGCCGCAGGCUCACUAUGGUCCGCCAUUGGCUGGACCGCCAUCGGUGCCGCCCGAACGUUGUGAUGUCGGUUCACCGCCGCCAUCGUAUCGGGCCAGUGCUUAUCCGCCACCACCGCCACCGCCGCCGCCCACAUUGGGUGGUGGUGCUAGUGCAUUUUGUGCCCCGAAUCCGCAUCAUCAUCAUCAGCAUCAGCAGCAGGCCGCAGGGCCACCAGGAGUCCCGCCGCAUCACGAUCCUAGCGGCUACUAUCAGCCGGCUGGUCCGCUGAUCUCACCCCAUGUCAUAGCAGGGCCACCUCAAGCUCAACCCCAGAUCCCGGCUCAACCGCAGCCCGUGAAAAAGCAACAACAAGACGAGGAUUCGUCCUCAUUGCAGCCAUCGACACCAACGUCACAGCAGCAUCCAACGAGAACGACACCCUCAUCAGAAUCGGAACAAUCGACUCCAGUUGCUGUGCCAGCGCAACAGCCCCAGCCAUAUCCGGGUAGCGCUUUGGCGGCCGCUGCAGCUGCCGCUGCCGCUCAUCCAGGCGUGCCCUAUCCACGCUCCAUGCAUGCGGCCCAAAUGCACUAUACGACAGCCUAUCCACCCAACUAUUAUUCGCCGUAUCCCGGUGAGGUCAUGUGCUACUCGCCGCCCGCCUAUCAGCCCUACUUUUCCAGCAAGGUAUAUCAAAGUGCGCCGCCACCAACACAUCCAGCUGCCCAUCCGCCACCACCACCACCACCGGGAGCCUAUCGACGCUAUCCGUACUAUCAGCACGCUGGACCGCCGCAUCCACCGCCACCUGAAUUAUACGAGCAGCAGCCACAAGUGCCGCCGCCACAGGCAACGGGGGCGGCUCAACCAGCGAUUCCAGUUCCCGUCCCAGUGUCGGUCCCUCUUCAGCAGCAGCAACAGCAUCAACAUCAGCAUCCCACCUCGGUGGUCACCAGCGCAGCAGCUGCAGGGGCGAUAACCACGCCAAUAACGGCACAAAUACCAGCAGGCACUCAAUUGGUACCGGCGCAUCAACAACACCAGCAACAACAUCUAGAACAUUAUCCAGGCCCGCCCAGCUACUACGCCGGUUAUAGUCCAGGAGGCGCUAGUGCAGCCGGCCAAUGUUAUACACGGACCCUGCAGGGACCGUAUAUGGAAUAUCCGCCACAGUGUCCAUGCCCCAUGCAACAAUCGUGUCCAAAAAACGUCCAUACUGGGCCUCAUAUUGGUAGCAACAGCAGCAGCAGCAACAACAACAACAGUUCUAUGCACAAGACGAGCAAUAACAGCAGCAGCAAUAUGUUGAUGAGUGCUACUAGCAAUUGCAACAACAACAGCAGCAGCAAUAGCAACAGCAAUAACAUGCAACAUCAGAGCAAUGCCAGCAACAGCAGCAGCAACAGCGAUAGCACUACAGUAACAUCAACAACGCUGACUACCAGUAGAGGCCCAGUUAAAAAUGGCAACAACGAUAACAACAACAUCAGCAGCAACAAGACUAAUGAGAUGACAACAACAACAACAACUAAAGCAACAACAACAACACCAGCAGCAACAACCAAAACGACAGCAACAUCAACAACAGCAGCAACGACAAACAAUAUGGGAACCCAAUGCCAGAUGCUGGUCAAGACAGAAUUAAAAUCAGAUGACACCAGUCAGGUGGUGACCAAAAUGCAAUAUGAGGCACAUGUGAUGCCACCUCCAACGCCGCCGGAGAGCUAUUAUGGUGCCAGUGAUGAUAAAUUGCUGGAGGAAGCGGAUGUGGAUACAGAGCAUCACCAGCACCAGCAACAACAACAUCAGCGAAUUGAUAUCUAUGACUUAACAGCGAGCACACCACCGCCAGCAGCAGCAGCAACAGUAGCAGCAUCAAUAAUUGUUCCACGAAAGGCGAGAAUUGGCAAAAGCAUGGCCAGAGAAAUGGUUUAUGCAGCACAACAACAGCAACAACAACAACAUCAGCAGCAGCAGCAACAACAAUUGGAACUGCAGUUGGAUGUUGAGAAGCUAGAGAAGCAACAGCUGCAGUUGGGUGAUGAAGAGAAGCUUGAGAAGCACGGGAAGCUAGAGAAGACAGAGAAGCCAGAGUUGCCUUUUGUACUUAAAGCGGAAAUCAAAGCAGAAACCAAAAUCAAAAUUGAAAUCGAGCAUAUGUCAGAGCAGGAGCCAAAGGUCAAAUUACAAGAACAUAUCAGCAGUUUGCUUGAUUUGAAGCCUAACAUUAAGACAGAACCGAAGGAAUCUGAACCCCAACUGGAGGUAGUUACUGCAUCAGCAGAGGUGCAGACAGAUACAACAGCGGUGGCCAAGCAUCGCUUCAAUCUAUUAGCUUCAUCUUCAACUUUGGGAAAGAAAUCCAAGGCACAUCAUAGCUAUAAAAGUCUUAUCAAACAGGCUGAGCCCAAGAAAUAUUUGUGUCCGGGUCGCAAAUUUGUGCGGCGACAUGGACGGGCUCCAGUCAAAUAUGCCAAAAGGCGACAAUUGUUAUUAACACAGCGACAGCAGCAACGUUUGCGAGCCCAACGGCGAGAAGAGCAACAGCGCCUAAAAGAUGCAACAGCGUCAGCAACAUCAAAGACAGCAGCAGCAGUUGAAUUGCAGUUAACUGGCAUUACGAAUACCGUUAGUGCAUCACCCAAACGAGCACGUCCACGGAAACAGGAAAUUGCUGCAUUGCAUUUGCUCGAUAGUUUGGAUACAACUAUUUCUCGUGGUUAUUUUAGUGAUCCGGAACCAAAUAGUAGCAGUCGGCAACAAAACUCUACAAUGGGUGGGCUUUAUGGCGGUGCCACAUCAAACACGCCCACACAAUUAUUAACAUCACAGCCAAUGGCUGAGAAGCGCUCCAAAUCGGAGACUAAGAAACCCUUGUCGAAAAUAUCUUUGGGUCAGGAGCCACCUAUUAAGAGAAGUCGAAAACAGCAGACAGCUAAGACCAAAGUCAAGGGCAAGAAAGCAACAAUUGCGGAUGCAACGACAGCAACAUCUGCAACGGCAACAGUAACAGCAGCAGCAUCAACCACAACAGUUACAUUGAUAAACGCUGCUACCGAAACAAAUAAUAAUGAGUAUCAAACGGCUGAUUUGCAAGCUCAAAAGAAUGCCAAUGUCAAUGGCAUGGCCGCAGAUGCGUCACAAAUCGGUACAAUAAUGCCUCAACAACAUUCCGAUGAUCCCCACAAGUUCCUGGCGCCUAAUCAACCUGCCGCAACCAUAACGUCAAUGUCCACACCUGCGCCUAUGCCAACGCCUACGACGCCAACUCACUCGUCAACGUCCACGUCCACGUCAACAUCUCGUCAGCAGAGUCAAGCCCCAACUCACAUGAAACGGGCUCGAUCACGUUGCAAAUUUGGUAAUCGCAAGCGUCAGAAACAGCGACCUGGCGGCGUUAGCUAUGAAAUAGAUGACACUCAACCGCCGGCAACGAGAGCCAAUGUAGUGCCCAAAUGGAAUAAUGGCUGGAUGUGGGCAGGCAAGGCGUUUCAAGGACCAGUGUUUCUUAAUAGCGACGAUCCAUUGGUUUUACGUACUUGCUAUCCGGCUAUGAGGCAUGUGGAAGGUGAUAUUAUACGCACAAGAGAUUGUGUCCUGCUCAAGGCCAAUGAGGAUAAUGAGCUGCCAUAUGUGGCCAAAGUGGCACAUCUAUGGCAAAAUCCAGAAGACGGGGAAAUGAUGAUGUCAUUAUUAUGGUACUAUCGGCCCGAGCAUACUGAUCAGGGUCGCCAGCGAAAUGAUUGUCCUGAUGAGGUUUAUGCCUCACGACACAGGGACCACAAUUCGGUGGCUUGCAUUGAGGAUAAAUGUUAUGUCCUAACAUUCAGCGAGUACUGCAGAUAUCGUCGACGUCUGCGUGCUGCCGAAGAGGAUGUGGAAGAUGUAAGCAUUGUGCCGAGACGCACAAAUAUUGCCAAUUGUUAUGCUGUAAGGACUGUGCCAGAGCAUACCAAUGCUGAAUUGGUAAUGUUUUGUCGCCGUGCCUAUGAGUUUCGCACAAGACGUCUGCUCAAAUUGCCGCAAAAGAAUGGACUUUUGUGCAGUUAGCAGCGCAAAAACAUUCAAAAAACAACAAUAACAACAACAACAACAACAACAACAACAACAACAACAACAUCAUCAUCAUCAUUGGAGAUCCCAUUAAACACAAUUGUUUAGGAUAUUUAAGCUUCAGUAGCUUGUAAGAGAAGCAAAGUACAGAAAAUGCCUGCCUGAGAUCAGGUUACAUAUAUUACAUACAUACAUAUAUUAUUUAACGCUAACAAAACAAAAUAAAGCAAA